UCCCUCCCCCUUUUGUUACUGCUUGUAUUCAGAAACCAGAGACCCAUGCAAUGAGCUUCACGUCAACUCUCAAAGUCCAUGUGGGGAAGCCUCUACAGAGGGAACCAGGAGGGGAGAAAUCCUGGGGUAUUAUUGAGAAUGGGUGUGAGAAGACUCAUCACAGUGUUAAAACCUCUAACAAGGUGGAAGAGAAUUUGACAGUCAAUAAUGAAUCUCCAAAGGUCGAAGGCAUCUACGGAUGUCCGAUGAAGAAUGGAGGUGGCUGUAUAAUUGAUGCAGAGGAGGAAGAAUCCGAUUUGGACGAAAUAUCAAGGAGCCUCAGCAAAGCCGUGAAAACCUCGGAUCGUGUUAUGACUGUGAUCCUUGAGCUGUGUCAACACAGUGGAGGUGGGAUAUGUGUGCACAAAGUGAAAUCUCCAGUGCACCGCUUAAACAUUGUGCAAGCUGCAAACAAACGGCAACCACAGGAUGGACCUCUCCUGGCCCUUUUGGAAUCCCAACAUCUUGAAAGCACCAUCUCACAGGUUGAUGUAGACAUUACACAACACGUGCCCACCUCUCCAGAAAGAGUCUGUGAAACAAAGCCACCCUACAGGGAGGAGAGGGGCCAGGAGGGAGAAUAUUCUGACAUUCCUGCUCCACUGGGAACACUGCAAAAAGAAAGCCCCACUGUACAGCACAGAAGCCCCUCUUCCAGUACUUGGCCUGGCACUGCCUAUCUCAAGCCGGAAUCAGUUUCACCUAAGAGGAAACCUCACAGAUCUGGUGAUACCUUGAAGCUCUUUGACUGUGUAUCUCACGUGGAGGCGAAGAAAGGAGAAAAGGUGGAACUGCGUUGUGGGAUUCGUGGUACACCUCCUCUGGCUGCCUCUUGGGUGAAAUCCAAAAAGCCGGUAGUGAAUGGACCCCGGAUAUCUGUCCACACAUCAGAUACAGAGAGUCGCCUUGUGAUUCAGAAAGUGUGUGAAGAAGAUGCUGGCUAUUAUACUUUGUGUGUGCAAGACCAGGCUGGAAGCAUACAGCAUCAAACAAGCCUGGCUGUUGUAGAGCCACCCUCACCUCCAUUGGGGAAGCCGAUAAUUUCAGCUCUAAAUUCCACCUCCCUUACACUAUCGUGGUCAGGACCAUGUUAUGAUGGUGGCAGUGCAGUGCUGAAUUACUGGGUUGAAGUGAAACCUAUUGGACUGAAGGCGGAAGAUUGGCAAGUUCUUGCAGACCAUUGUGUGGACACCACCUAUCAAGUCACUAAGGGACUGGAGUCUGGCAUUCAAUAUAAGUUCCGUGUACGGGCUGCAAAUAUCUACGGAGUGAGCAAGGAAGGAGAAGAAUCUGACGUGGUCACCAUGGCCUGCAAUGGAGAUGUAGAGUCCGAUUAUGAGGAACCCAUAAAGUACACUAAAGUCUCCAUUAACUCCACAGACCGUGUGAGCGAUUUCUACAGUCAGCUGGAGAAGCUGGGAGUGGGUAAGUUUGGACAGGUAUAUAAGCUACAGGAGAAGGCUACUGGUAAAAUACUGGCUGGAAAAUUCUACAAGACACGGUCAAAGAAAGACUUGGAGAAUGCUAAAGCAGAAGUAGAGCUGAUGAACAAGCUCCAUCACCCCCGUUUGGUGCACUGCGUGGAUGCAUUCUUGGAGCCUGGUCGUGUGGUCAUGGUGAUGGAAUUUAUCGCAGGAGGAGAGCUGUUUGAGCGGAUUGUUGCAGAUGAUUUUGAGCACACAGAGGUCAUGUGUGUUCAGUACAUGUCCCAGAUUCUAUCCGGAGUGGGGUACAUGCACAAGCAGAGCAUAGUCCACUUGGAUCUCAAACCCGAAAACAUAGUCUGUGUCAACAAAUCCAGCACUAGAGUGAAGAUCAUAGACUUCGGCCUGGCAAAGGAACUAGCCCCUGGCAUUCCCUUGACUGUAUUAUAUGGCACCCCUGAGUUUGUGGCCCCGGAGGUUAUCGCCUUUGAACCUGUGGGGUUCACUACUGACAUAUGGAGCCUGGGAGUUAUCUGCUACAUCCUAGUAAGUGGGGACUCACCAUUUCAGGGUUCCAAUGACACAGAGACUUUGCAGAAUGUUACGUCUGCCUGUUGGGAUUUCGAUGACGAAACAGAUGCUGUCCUGUCUGACUCGGCAAAAGACUUUAUCAGGCGACUGCUAAAGAAAAAUAUGAGGUCUCGUCUCACCGUUGACCAGGCACUGGAUCAUCCCUGGCUCAAGGACCAAGAUGUUUCCAACACCACAAAGUUGUCAAAGGAACGUAUGAAAAAGUUCCUGGCAAGACAAAAAUGGCAGAAAACUGGUAAAGCUGUACUGGCUCUAAAACGGAUGGCACAUCUCAGCUCGAAGUCCGACACAAGUGCAUCUCCGUCCUGCACAGAAGGUGUAAGUGAUAGUCAAGACGUCUUUAAUCUCCUGCAAGAACAACUCCAGAGGCCUCCUAUCUUCUCUCUCCCUUUGAAGGACCAAGCAGAGGUUGUGGGCAGUAGCGCUUGCCUCCAGUGUAACAUUGAAGGCUUUCCAGAUCCUGAAGUCCUCUGGUUUCAUGAUGAUUCUCCAGUCCAGGAGUCCAGUCGCUUCCAGAUUGAUUAUGAAGAUACAGGAAGUUGCUCCCUUGUCAUAUCGAACGUGUCUCCAUCAGAUUCAGGAAUCUAUACAUGUCGGGCAUUGAACUCACAUGGGGAAGCAGAGUGCUCUGCUAAACUGACUGUCCAUACCUUGCAUGCAGAACGUCCGAGGAGAGCGAGCACUGACCAGGCUUCUACAACAGGCUGAUAACAUGGAGUCAUUGCUCUAGUUAGCACAAGGACUUUACUGCAAUAAGCUUCCAGUAUUCUAUUUCCAAAUACUGGAGACUAUCUUAGGGAUGACUCACCUCUUAUUUUGCUUGACCAAACCAUUCACUCCUAUCAGAUUGUAAAGUUUUACUGAAUUGUUUUUCCCAACUGAAUUGUUUUUCCCGUUUCCUAAAAAAUGUUAUCAAUUAUAAAAUUCAAAGUUGGGUGCCAAAGUUAGGGCUUUUUAGGAAACCGUCUAUGUCAAAGUGAAGAAACCAGUUACAGGAGUACAUAAAUCCUCUUUUGAUGAUCACAAAUGUUAAAAAUGGGUCGCAUAAUGUAAUUCUUGUCUUCCAUUCAUUGUUGGCCACAAGCAAUUUUCUUGAUUAGCUUCAGUUCAUAUUUGGCGACAAUUGGCAAUAUCUUUGCUUGCACUUUCUGAUAUGAGACCAUAUUUUCGGGAGAUACGCAUGUGUUCCUUCAUGUGAAAUAGAUAUUGAAAGUUAUAGAGAAAUCACACAAAACCGCUUUUCCCGUAAGGAACACAGUGUCUUCAAAAUAUACCAAUGCCAAAACUCAAACCAAGUAGAAUGAGUCUUAUUGAAUGGAACGCACUAAUGGAGAUAAGUAUAUUCUAACCAUAUUAUUUUUUAGCCAAAGUGCUUCUGGAAGCAUUUUCUAAACUAAAGUGUCAAAUUCCUACAUCCGCUACCCAUCAUGAGGUGCAUUAAACAUCUAAAUUAGA